GAAGGAGGGAAAGGGAAGUCAAAGGAGAGAAAUGGUUUCUUUCCUUUUUAAAUACAAUAGCAACGCAUAUUGGGAAAAGAAUGAAUGGUCUAGAAAUCAUGGAUACAGUCGACCUUUAGAUACUUAUUUUAUACUGCAAUGGGUUAGUUCACUGACCUUGGAUAUUGGUUUCUUUGGAUUCUUGACACAUUUCGUCUCAGAUUAUACAACAUCUGUAAGUGAAUCAGCUAGUCUACAGGCAGAUUGGACGGAAUUUCGGAAUACAGCGCAAAUUCCUUGGUGGAUAAGUUGGAAUGCUGUCAUCAUGUUUGGAUUAAGUGGACUUGUCAAAGCAUUGAGUGUGACAACCUCAUUGAUUGACACUGAAGAUUUAACAGUAAAGCAACAACAAGUGCCUCGAAGUCAAACAUAUAUCAAGCGAUUUGGUAUUCCUGUGAUAGAUAGUUAUACAGGAAUAUGUAACAUUUGUCGGGUUAAAGUUGCCAAAACGACACGGCAUUGUAAAUUGUGCAACAAGUGUAUCGAUACUAUGGAUCAUCACUGCAAGUGGUUGAAUUGUUGUAUUGGAAAAAAGAAUUACAGAGUGUUUUUGUCACUGGUAGCAUGCUCUUUUUUGGCUUUAAUCUGGUACCUCUACACAGCUUUUUAUGUUACGUAUAUCGGCUUUUAUAGGAAGAAUGUGUUUCUUGUACAUGGUAAUAGAACACAAGAUGUGUACGUGUUUCAUUCGCAUAAAUGGGCUAAAACAGUUUAUGAUAAGCGCUCCGUUUGUUCUCGGUACAAGAUAUCAACGAUGAUAUAAAUGGAUUUUUUUAUAUUUGUAUGGCACUAGUAUUGGUCGUUACGUUACUUGCAAUGGUAUCAUUUAUUGCCAUCACAAGACUCUUCGUAUUCCACAUACAAUUAGUUAAACUGAAUAUGACUACGAUAGAGUAUUUGAAUAGAAGG